AACAGCUAGGUCGGGAGCGGACGCGACUGAUGAGGCAGACAGGCCAACAUUGACUCGGCGCUUUGAACCCACGCGCGUUUCCCUCCCUACACUGCGCCACGUACCUGUGAGUGCCAACUACCGCGUUAUUCAGUUGCAACUCUCGAUAUCAAAUCGCGGCAUUGAACGGAUCACGAGCUCCGUGAGCAGAAGCAGUCAUAAUCAUGGGGAAGCUCAUCCGUCUCGAGCUCUUCAAUUUUAAGUCCUACAAGGGCCACCACACCCUGCUAUUCGGCGACUCAUAUUUCACAUCCAUUAUCGGCCCAAAUGGCUCGGGAAAAUCUAACUCCAUGGACGCCAUCUCGUUCGUGUUGGGCAUCAAGUCGUCGCACCUUCGAUCGUCCCAUCUUCGCGAAUUAGUCUACCGCGGCCGGGUAAUGAAGACGUCCAAGAUCCAAGAUGACGGGACUGCGGCGCCAACGACAAACGGGGAAACCAGCGGCCACGUGAACGGUGACGAUGAAGAUUCCUCUCAGCGCGCAUCGCGAAACGACCCGAAAACGGCGUGGGUCAUGGCGGUGUAUGAGGAUGACGCGGGGGACGAGCAACGGUGGAAACGAACCAUCACGAGCAACGGCACCAGCGAGUACCGCAUCAACGACCGUGUUGUCACCGCGCAACAGUACAACGAAGCUCUCGAGGAGGAGAACAUCCUGAUCAAGGCGCGGAAUUUUCUGGUCUUCCAAGGAGACGUCGAGGCCAUUGCCUCCCAAUCCCCCAGGAUCUGACGCGCCUGAUUGAACAGAUCUCAGGGAGCCUGGAGUACAAGGCCGAGUAUGAGAGGCUCCAAGCCGAGGCCGACCAGGCCGCAGAGAACCAGAAUUUCCAGUUGCACAGGAGACGGGGCAUAAA